AUGAUACUGCCAAAUGUUCUAGCAACAUUGCUACAGCUACAAAACCGGUUAAGUCCUCACAAGCACAAAGCUAAAAGAAAAUUUAGCUUCACACCACUAAAAGUUGUGAAGAGGAAAUGUUUGACCUCAACUCCAUUGAAGUCUUCAAAGCACUUCAAUUUAAAGAAGGAAGGUUUUAAAGAGCAGGUGUACAAGUACAUCAUGGACUCUCACUAUGAAUAUCCAUACCGACUUCUUUUAAGAAAAAGCAAAACUGCUAGGGAUGCAUUGGUGAGAGUUUUGAAACUUUCCAUAAAGAAAGAAGUGAAAAGUGUCAAUAUUCCAUCACUCAAGAGGCCAACCAAUCUGAAGUCAUUCGAAACGUUUAGCUGGGACAGUGCAAUGCAUGAAGCAUCUUGUGGGAUGUCUCUCUUGACAGGGGUUUUGCAAGGUGCACUGUCAUGUCGCCGAGCUAAAAAUGCUGAAAUAAAUGACAUGGGAAAACUUGGCUCUUUGGUUCCAGUUCUUGGUUUUAUUUUGGGAACCAUUCUCUACCUCCAUAAACCCCAGCAGUACAACUUCCUACAAACCAUUAUUUCCAUUGAAAUGUACAGGUCGGGUUGCAGUCAAAAGGUGGAGCUUGGAAUGCCUGAACCUCCUCAGCAACCAUUGUUGAACGUGGACUUUGAAAGUUCAGAUAGAGACAGCUCACAUAACUCCCUAGCUUCCUCUGGUUCUGAGAUUACAAACCAAGAUUCAUCUGAUGUAGAAGAUGAAAGUGAUAUAAUGCUUGCCUUGAAUUAUAUACAGUUUAUGUAUUUAUAUCCUACAGAUCCAGGGUAUUCUGUUUGCUGGGACAAUAUUCAGAAGCUGAGUAUGACUCGCCACCACCUCCGGCAUGAAAAUAAGAUGAUGUUCUGGGCCUUGUGCUUCGCUGCUAAAAACCAUAUAUCCUUUCGUGACUUGGAUACAGUAGAUAAUACAUUCUCUGUAACAGAUAUAGGACUGCAAAACUACCUACCCUCUGAUACAGACUGGAGAAUACUGAGGAGUAGAAUGGAGCAUCUUGUACAGAAAAUAGUCCAGGUUUACUUCCCCCAGUUCAGUGAAAUGGAUGUUAAAGAUACUCCUCAUCAGUACACACAACAGUCUAAAAAAAAGUCUGAAAUAGUGAAUCUGGGAGUUCUUCAGGAGAAUCCAUCUACUGCCCAUGGAGUACUGGAGAUUCUCAAGUACUUACACAAGUAUGUGCCAAUUGGACAAGACAGAAAUCCUUACCAAAUUCUUUGCCAUGGUGAUCAGCUGAAUGUGGAAAGGAUGGUUGAGGCAAAAGUAUCUAUGGCCUUCAGUGAGGAUGCAGAAGAUCAACUCACUGGUCUUGUCCCACGUCCUCAGGGGUUUCACAAAAGGUGCAUCAUCCUGCAGGAUUCCAUGAACAUGCUCUUCAGUGGCAGCACUGUGGGUGACAAGGGUUCGUUAUGCCAUAUAAAAAACAAGUUCACCUUUCGAAGUGUUAAGAAAAAAAUAUCUGAUUGUGUAAAUUCAGUAGUGGAUUUUUUCAAUUUUGUGACUGAAGGUUGUGUGUGCUUGAUAAUUUGCAAGCUACUAAAUAUCAAGAACAUUGAUGAGUUGUCAAAUCUUGUACCUGAUGAUUCAGCUGUCUUGGCCCCUGAUAGACACACAGUCAAUCCAGGAAGUAGUAGUCGGUGAAGCAGCAGAGGAUGUCCAGUACCACGACGAUACAAUCAUCUACUGGGACAACAAUCAGAUAUUGGAGGAUACGCUGCCAUAUCAUGAGGACUCUGACAAUG